AGGAGCCUUGGUCAUCAACAUGGGGGCCAGGGGCUCUGCUGGAGGAGCUGACCGCCAGGAGCCCUGGCCCACAGGCACCGCCCUGCCCCAUGGCAUCCGCCGGGCGCCCGGGGCUGUGGCUGCCAGCGCGGGGGCAGAGGAGCCAGGCUGCACCUGUUUGCGGGGAGUAAGCGAUACUUUGUCCUGGUGUCACAGCACCCACCUGUCACCGAGCAGGCUCCAUGCUGGUCCCAAGGGCCCUGGCGCUGCUGCCGCCACUGCCGCUGUGGAAAAUGCGCCUUGGGCCAGAAAUCAAAGUCCUGGGGGCUUCUACUCCUCGGGCGCCGCCCCGCAGACCCACCCGCAGCUGCUGCCUGGCUCCGGGGCUGAGCCUGCCGGGUGUGUGGCUCUGGUGUCCCCGGGGGCCGAGGCUGCCCUGGGCUGCGGCCCGGAGGACAGGUGCUGGUGGCCGCGGCUCAUCCGGUCCCCCCCCUCCCCUCCGCCUCUGUGUUUACGGCCUGUUCCCGGGCCGGGCCGGUAUUUGAAAUAUUCCAAACAUCGGCGUCACCAUCCUUCCACAGGAACGCAGGGCCGCGGUGCGAAGGAGGACGGGUAGCCGGUGACCGCAGACAGGGAAGCUGGCCGCUCUGCUCAGAAUGCCCCCAGCCCGGUGACUGCUCUGCAAGAGCGUCCCUUACCAGUCGAGGGGACAGCACGGUGGUGCCUUGCAAGGGCAAACAGGCCGGUGCAAGCCCCGGCUCAGCCUGCAGCGGGUGGUGGGGCAGGCCUGUGUCCCUGCAAGGCGGGGACCGAGCCCCCCAGGUGUGCCAGGGCUCCUCAGGGCUGGGCACGCCCCCAGCUGGCCGCGCCUAGGCAAGGCUGCUCUGUGGGGAGUGAGGUUCCGGGGCACCUGCGGUGGGUAUU